GUUUGUCACUCAUAGACACUCGCUAGUAGUCAAUUGGCAUUGUUGGGCAAAGCUAAUCUAGACAAACGCGGCACACACAUCCACAUAUAGUUUCGAUUUCUUUUCAACGUCCAGUUAAUCUUACAGUAAAUACUUAACAGUACUUCACAAGUGCGCCUGUGAAAGCUUAUGUUUGCUUGCUAAAAAGUAAUUGAAAGUAGAAAAAAAACAGUAUAGUGCAGAAGUAAUACAAUCAACGAACUCGGCCCAAUGGAAGGACAAAUCGACACGAAGUGCACGGGGAAGUGUGUAUUCGAUGAUUCAAAAGAUCCAAUUGAUUAUCGAAUUCCUAACAGGCAGCUGCCUUUAACAAAAAAUAUGAUCUCAAGGAAAUUUACAAUAACGACCGACAGUUUUGUGUCAUUAUUGCCUCGCGUGUACACGGCUGUCUGUUGGAACCACCCAAAUUUUGCAGCGAUUCCAGAAUCAGUUUUUCAGUACCACGCAGUACUUUUAUUGUGGUACCGUUUCGCCAAACUACUUUCUGGUUCAAGUGUGAAUGAUUCGGGAUUUAUCAAUGAAGUACUAUUCCUGCUCAAAUCCGCAAUUAGGUGUCCUUCACCAAUACCAACAUAUCUUGAGGGAAUCGGGGACUUUUGUGAUCCUGAUGACUUAUAUCGACAAUUCGAUUUACCAGUGUUUCCAAGUAACGAAAAGAUUGCUGGCGUUCGAUACACAUUUGGAAAGGUGAAUGCCAAGACACAUCAUUUUUAUGAAGCCUAUCCAGCCCCUGGAAUUGCAGCUCUGCGUAUAAUGGCUGACAUUAAGUACACCAAAGAUCCCUGCGAAGAAAACUUGUUCUGGGAUUUACCAAAUGGACUUCGUCCAGAUGUGAUAGAAUCUCAUAUAACAUGUACUAAGCCAACUAAGAACCUUCUGGGUUGGGCACCUGCAAUGCAUUUAACCCCUGCACAACUGGAAUUCGCACAAUCACUGAACAUAGGAAAUGACUUUCUAGCGGAAGACUUCUCACAUUUAGAACCCAAAAUCUCAAGCCUGUUCAGAAAAAUAAACUCAUACCUUAACGACUGCAUGGAGUAUUGCACGUGUAGUUCCUGUUACUUAAUCUACCCAGGAAGAGGGUCACUAAUCCAAGGAUUGUUUGUUGAAAAAUGUGAUAAAACCUACAAGUUUGAUAGGUCUGUUAUGUACUGUGAUGGAACGAUAUCUAUUAAUUCGCAGUAUAAACUAAGUGAAAAACUGAUAGUAGGUACAGCGGUUUCAGGAUACCGGAUGUGUAAAGAACCAAUUUGCGGCAAGCAUUGUUGGUGUUGCUAUGAUUUUGACGAAUAUGAAAAAGUUCCUGAAUCUUGGAUUCGUUCUCGAAAUCAGGUAUUCACAUUUGGCAGUGUUGGAAAAUUGAAUGAAAAUUUAUACGUCACAGCUGCUAUUUCCAAGAGAAUUAUACAAAAUGAGGCCAUUCUGAAUACUAUGAAUCUCUCUUCGGCGAGUUGGAAUAUUUAUCAUUAAUAAGACCUAUGAUUGUAACUGUAACGGUAUCUGAAUGAAGUUGGGAAAUUUAAUUUCUGUUAAGUUGUCACGACAUUGACAGAUACAUUUCCAUACGCAAAUUAACUGCUAGGCAUAAAAAAGAGACCAAAAUAUUUCCUAAACUUUUUUCACUGAUUGUAUCGAGAAUUGUAUGUACCAUGAACUACAAUCUUUUGAUGUUUAAAAUAAAUAACAGAUUUUCCAUUGAUAUUGUAACGAAAGGUGUAUGUGUUGCUCUUAAAUGUAUGAACUUAUU